AUGAAUGCUCAAGAUGGCGGCGAGGUGGCCGCCACAACACCCGUCACUAACGCAACACCUGACGCAGGCCCCCUCAUUCCGGUGCCCGUGGCCCCCCGCAAGCCGCCGCGGAGGGGCCCUAAGGUCCCACAGGAGAGGCCCAAGAGGGCCCUCUUCUGUCUCACCCUCAAGAAUCCACUACGAAAGCUCUGCAUUAACAUCGUCGAAUGGAAACCGUUUGAAUGGAUGAUUCUGACAACUAUCUUCGCUAACUGCAUCGCCCUGGCUGUCUACACUCCCUACCCCGCUAGUGACUCCAACUACACGAACUGGGUUCUGGAGAAAAUCGAAUACAUCUUCCUAGUGAUAUUCACCGGAGAGUGUGUUAUGAAGAUAAUAGCGUACGGCUUCGUCAUGCAUCCAGGGUCUUACCUGAGGAACGGCUGGAACUUGUUGGAUUUCACCAUCGUGGUUAUCGGUAUGGUCAGCACAGUUCUUUCAAGUAUCUUCAAAGACGCGUUUGACGUCAAAGCAUUGAGAGCAUUCCGUGUACUGCGACCUUUGAGGCUCGUAUCAGGAGUUCCUAGUUUACAGAUCGUGUUGAACUCAAUCCUUAAGGCGAUGGUUCCGUUACUCCACAUCGCGUUGCUGGUCAUCUUCGUCAUCAUCAUAUACGCCAUCAUUGGACUCGAGCUGUUCUCCGGAAAAAUGCACAAAUCCUGCUACAAUAAGAGAACAAACGAAAUUAUGGACAACCCUCACCCCUGCGACGUGGACAACGGGUUCAACUGUUCGUCCAUCGGCGAGGAGAUGGAGUGUCGUGAUGGAUGGAUAGGACCUAACUUCGGCAUCACCAACUUCGAUAACUUCGGACUGUCCAUGCUCACUGUAUUCCAAUGCAUCACACUAGAAGGCUGGACUGAUGUUAUGUAUAAUAUCCAAGAUGCGAUGGGCAACAGUUGGGAAUGGAUAUACUUCGUGUCGAUGGUAAUUCUCGGAGCCUUCUUCGUCAUGAACCUUAUUCUCGGUGUGUUGUCCGGAGAGUUUUCCAAAGAGAGAGAGAAAGCGAAGAACAGAGGUGAUUUCCAGAAAUUGAGAGAGAAACAGCAGUUAGAAGAAGAUUUGAAAGGUUAUUUAGACUGGAUCACACAGGCGGAGUACCUCGAGCCUUUGGGAGACAGGGAGACGGAACAAAGAGACUAUGGAAUCGGAAUUGAUGUGAACUACUUGGGUCAAACUCAAACCGAACACGACUCUACGGAUCAUCUGGGAAUCGAACCGAUCGAACCGCAGAAGGUGGCGAGGGGGAAGAUGUGGAAAAAAGACUUCGAUAAGGUAAAUCGUCGCAUGAAGCGCGCGUGUCGCAGAGCCGUGAAGUCUCAGACGUUCUAUUGGCUGAUCAUUGUUCUGGUGUUUCUGAAUACAGUAGUCCUCGCCAGCGAACACUAUCACCAACCAACUUGGCUGGAUCAUUUUCAAGAGUACGGGAACGCGAUGUUCGUAGCUCUUUUCACGUUGGAGAUGCUGGUCAAAAUGUACAGUUUGGGAUUGCAGGGCUACUUCGUGUCUCUGUUCAAUCGGUUCGAUUGUUUCGUGGUGGUGGGCUCCAUCAGUGAGAUGGUCCUCACUAAGACGGAGGUGAUGCCUCCGCUGGGAGUGUCCGUGUUACGAUGUGUGAGACUACUCAGAGUGUUUAAGGUCACCAAGUACUGGCGCUCACUAUCUAACCUGGUAGCGUCCUUAUUAAACUCGAUCCAGUCAAUCGCUUCGCUGCUGCUUCUUUUGUUCCUCUUCAUCAUGAUCUUUGCUCUACUUGGGAUGCAGGUUUUUGGUGGAAAGUUCAACUACGACCCCGUCGAAGAAAAGGACCGACACAACUUCGAUUGUUUUUGGCAAGCUCUCCUCACAGUCUUCCAAAUUCUAACGGGUGAAGACUGGAACGCCGUGAUGUAUGAAGGCAUCAAGGCGUACGGUGGAGUCGGCACGUUCGGGAUCCUCGCCUGCAUCUACUUUAUAAUACUCUUCAUCUGUGGUAACUAUAUUCUGCUAAAUGUUUUCUUGGCCAUUGCCGUCGAUAAUCUGGCAGAUGCUGAAUCAUUGACCAAUAUCGAAAAGGAGGAAGGUCAAGCAACAGAAGAUCAGCAAGGAGUUGAAGGAGGAGACGGAGAGGAAGUUGAAGGAGCACUCGCUGAUACAGACGAUGAGUACAUACACGAUGAAGAUGCUUACACUACAGAUAAUUCCGAAAGAGAUUACGAAGAAACAGGUUCAGAAGGCGAACACCACGAGGAUCAAGAAGGAGAAGUAGAAGAAGGUGCAGAAGAUAACGGAGAAGGAAUAGAGGAAAGUCAAGACAGAGAUGAUUUGGAUAACCUACAGACGAACCACACAGAUGGCGAGUGCGAGGAGGAGGGGACGCUCGUUACCGCUAGACCGCGGCGCAUCUCUGAACUGAAUAUGCCCAAUCAGACGCCGCCGAUACCGAACGCUAGUAGUUUCUUCAUAUUCUCACCGACGAACAGGUUUCGAGUGUUCUGCUACAAAAUGUCUUCAUCAUCGACGUUCGGGAACAUCAUCCUGGUGUGUAUCAUGCUGUCGUCUGCUAUGUUAGCUGCAGAGGAUCCGUUAGACGCUGUGCAGAAAGGAUUUAGGAAUUGGCUUCUCAGUCAAUUCGAUAUGUUCUUCACGGGAAUCUUCACGUUGGAGCUGUUCUUGAAGCUGGUGACAUACGGCCUGGUACUUCAUCGCGGCGCCUUCCUCCGUUCAGCAUUCAAUGUGCUGGACAUGCUAGUCGUCUGUGUGUCACUCAUCUCGAUGAGCUUUAAGUCUGGAAGUAUAUCAGUUGUGAAAAUAUUGCGAGUGUUCAGGGUGCUGAGGCCACUAAGAGCCAUCAACAGGGCAAAGGGCCUUAAGCACGUUGUUCAAUGCGUGAUCGUUGCUAUCAAAACGAUCGGAAACAUUUUGUUGGUAACGUCCUUGCUUCAAUUCAUGUUCGCGGUCAUGGGAGUUCAAAUGUUCAAGGGUAAAUUUUUUAGAUGUAAUGAUAUUUCAAAAAUGACUAAAGCUGAGUGUCAAGGGACGUAUUUAGUGUUCGAAAACAGAAAUUAUGUAGUUAGGGAUAGAGAAUGGAAGAGGAAUGAUUUUCAUUUUGAUAAUGUGAUGAAAGGGAUGCUUACUCUCUUCACUGUGUCUACUUUUGAAGGAUGGCCAGGGUUAUUGUAUGUGUCUAUAGACUCGAAUGCCGAGGACCGUGGUCCUAUAACUAACUUCCGUCCAAUUGUUGCAGCCUACUACAUAAUUUAUAUUAUUAUUAUUGCCUUCUUUAUGGUUAAUAUAUUCGUGGGUUUCGUCAUAGUGACAUUCCAGAACGAGGGUGAACAGGAAUACAAGAACUGUGAACUGGAUAAGAAUCAACGGAACUGUAUAGAGUUCGCUUUGAAAGCCAAACCAAUAAGGAGGUACAUCCCAAAACACCGUAUUCAAUACAAAGUGUGGUGGUUCGUGACGUCACAGCCGUUCGAGUACGCGAUCUUCGUCCUCAUCAUGAUCAACACCAUCACGCUGGCCAUGAAGUACCACGACCAGUCGCUGGACUACAGCCGGGCUCUCGACAUGUUGAACAUGAUAUUCACCGCGGUGUUCGCGCUAGAGUUUAUAUUCAAACUAGCGGCAUUUAGGUUUAAGAACUAUUUCGGCGACGCGUGGAACACAUUUGACUUCAUCAUAGUCUUGGGCAGUAUCAUCGACAUCGUUGUGUCGCAAGUAAACGAACUCAAGAAUCAGGGAAGUGGCAUGCAAAGAACACACGUCGUCAAGGAGAGCUCGAUCCCAUCCAUCAACUUCUUCCGUUUGUUCCGCGUCAUGAGACUCGUGAAGCUUCUCUCCAGAGGCGAGGGCAUACGAACACUAUUAUGGACUUUCAUCAAGUCCUUUCAAGCACUUCCCUAUGUAGCCUUGCUUAUCUUGAUGUUAUUUUUCAUUUACGCCGUUGUUGGGAUGCAGGUUUUUGGUAAAAUAGCAAUAGACGAUGAAACGCCUAUCACCAGAAACAAUCAUUUUCAAACAUUUCCUCAAGCCAUACUUGUGCUGUUUCGUUCUGCUACCGGUGAGGCGUGGCAAGAUAUCAUGAUGGGCGUGUCUCCGGAUCCAGAUGUACGAUGUGAUGAGAAUUAUAAAGAAGAAGAAGGCGAGGACGAAGGCGGUGGUUCUUGCGGCUCAGUGUUGGCCUUCCCAUACUUUAUAUCAUUCUACGUACUUUGUUCUUUCCUUAUCAUUAAUUUAUUUGUUGCUGUCAUUAUGGAUAAUUUUGACUAUUUGACCAGAGAUUGGUCAAUUUUGGGACCACACCACUUAGAUGAAUUUAUAAGACUAUGGAGUGAAUAUGAUCCUGACGCGAAAGGACGUAUAAAACAUUUAGAUGUAGUUACCUUACUAAGAAAAAUAAGCCCACCAUUAGGUUUCGGUAAGCUGUGUCCACACCGCGUCGCGUGUAAGCGCCUCGUGUCAAUGAACAUGCCUCUCAAUUCGGACGGCACCGUCUUAUUCAACGCGACCCUUUUCGCUGUGGUCCGGACUUCACUCAAGAUCAAAACUGAUGGUAAUAUUGACGACUGCAACACAGAACUUCGAGCUGUCAUUAAGAAGAUUUGGAAAAGAACUUCUCCAAAACUAUUAGACCAGGUCGUACCACCGCCCGGAGAUCCUAACGAAAUCACCGUUGGGAAGUUUUACGCUACUUUCCUUAUACAAGACUAUUUCCGACGGUUCAAAAAGCGCAAGGAACAAGAGUUGCGGCAGAAUGACGAACAAACUCAUCAGAUGACGCUGCAAGCUGGGUUAAGAACACUACAUGAAGCAGGGCCCGAGUUGAAGAGAGCGAUCUCUGGGAACCUCGACGACAUCAUUCCCGAGAGUGACGUGCCCAUGCAUAGGAGGAAUCAUUCACUUUUCGGUGGAGUGUGGUCAAGUAUACGCAGGCACGGACCAAACAGACAUUUUCACAGACAUCGAAAACAUGGCGAUUCACCUCAAGAAAAUGUUGGAAACCAUUUAAGUUCCAUGAUGCAGCGCGAGUAUGGAGUGGGACCAUUACCAUUAGCACCUAACCUAGCCAAUGGACAGCCUAAGGAACAAAUACCUCUCCGACCAUUAAUAUUCAACGGGGAAUCGGAGAAAAUAUACCAAGUUUUAGAGUGA